AUGUUUUUGCAAAGGUUUGUGCGCAACGACGCAACGAAGAACGACCCCCCAGAGAUCUACAAUGUGAGGACUGUAUUGGUUAGUUUGAUAGCAUGCGGUGGUGCACUCCUCUUCGGCAUGGAUAUGGGUGUUAUGGGAGGCGUACUUACCAUGCCUACAUUCAAAGAACAGUAUGGUCUAACCGAUAAACCUGCGGCCGAAAUCGCCAAUCUUUCUUCGAACAUUGUCUCAACCAUCCAGGCUGGAUCAUUUCUAGGCUGUAUUAUAUCCAUGUGGCUAGCCAACUUUAUCGGUCGACGGCUCUCCCUUAUGGCUGUCGCUCUUCUGGUAUUCGUUGGUGUUGCCAUGCAAGCUGCUGCUAGCGGCCAUCUUUCACUCAUGUAUAUCGGAAGGUUUAUCACUGGCAUUGCUGUCGGCAUCGCCUCCACCGUUAGCCCACUUUAUGUAUCUGAGAACGCUCCGCGUGGCAUCCGAGGUCUGCUUACUGGUUUCUACCAGCUCUCUAUUGUUACAGGCUUGACGCUCGCGUUCUGGAUCAAUUACGGCUGCCUGCUUCACGUCAAGGGACACGCACAAUACAUCAUACCCCUUGCUUUGCAGGCUCUUCCUGCUGUCAUUUUAUCUUUCGGCAUGGUAUUUGCCAACGAAUCGCCUCGAUUUCUUGCCCAGAAAAGCCCAAACAAGGCCAUCAUGGUUCUUUCCAAGCUGAGAGGAUUGCCCCAGGACCAUCCUUAUAUAGUGGAUGAGAUGGAUAAAAUUUCUUUACAGCUCGAGGAAGAGGGAUUAUUAGCCGCUAACAGCACAGGCUGGAUUCUGAUUAAAGAAGCGUUCACCGUCAAGUCAUAUAGACGUCGCACAUUUCUCUGCAUCAUGCUCAUGAUGUGGAGUAACCUCACUGGUACCAAUGCGAUGACAUAUUACUCACCUACAAUCUUCAAAUCCGUAGGGUUAUCGUCCUCUUCAGCUGGAUUGUUCGCCACCGGAAUCUAUGGUAUUGUAAAGAUGGUGUCCUGUGCCAUUUUUAUCUUCUUUGUAACGGACACACUUGGGAGACGCAAGAGUCUUUUAUGGACUGCUGUUGUGCAAGGAUUGGCGUUGUUUUACGUCGGAUUCUAUGUUCGAUUCGACCCUCCUAAGCCUGAUUCUCCUGUUGGAGCUCCAGGUUACGUUGCCAUAGUGGCCAUCUAUAUUUUUGCUGCUGUCUAUCAGUUUGGCUGGGGUCCUGUGGUCUGGACCUACUGCUCGGAAAUCCCUGCUGCUCGUAUGCGAGCUCUCCAGAUGGGCAUGGCGACUGCCAGCCAAUGGCUGUUCAACUUUGUGGUUGCCAAAAGCACACCAAGCAUGUUUGCUACGCUUGGCAAGGGAGGGUUUGGCACUUAUUUUGUCUACGGCUCGUUCUGUUUUACGAUGGUUGUAUUUGCUUGGGUCUUUGUUCCCGAAACUAAAGGACUUGCUCUGGAGGAUAUGGAUGAACUCUUCGCACAAGAUGAUGUACGUGCCAACUUCACACCGACUCGACUGGCUGGAGUUGCAGUAGGGGGUAUUACGAAGGAAGACAUUGAUCCUAAGACUGAACAUGUCGAUAAGGUUUAG